CAAGAAAUACGCCGCGUAGUAGCUAAUAAUUCUAUUUAACCAAUCCUACGAUAAGGACUAUACAUAUAGGACUUAAUUAUAUUUUAUAUUAUGCCGCCGUUACACGACAAUCUAAAUAACAAAGACCAUUCACCAUUCACAUCAUACGGAUUGGCGGAUCGUACGACGUAAGCACGAGGUAUCCCGACGUGCUAACUAUCAAUAACCCUUGGCAGCUUUUCUCCUUCCGCUUCAAGUCAACGGGCCGCAGACUACUAUGUACGCUAUCUACCUGCGUUGAGCCCUGCUGUUAGGAAUCAACAAUGACCACCUUUCAUCCAUUUCCGCGCCUCCCAACCGAGCUUCGCAGGCGCAUCUGGGCCUUGGUAGUCGAACCUCGUGUCGUGGAGGUCCGCGUCGUGCCUGACAACCCGCUAAAAGUUCAGAGGCUAGUCUCGCCCACGCCGGUGCCAGCAAUGCUCCAAACCUGCCAAGAAGCUCGUAACUUGGGCCUGUACAAGCAGGCCUUCUUCGAGGUCACCGCCACCAAGGUCAACGCCGCCGCGGGUGCGGAGUCUCGCUAUGUCUGGCUCAACUUGGACAUCGAUAUGGUCUCUAUCGGGAAAACCUCGUUCAGAGCUUUCGCACCCGUCGCAUUAUCCAUUAAGCGGCUAAGGUUCGAGCGUGAAAACUCGGACGAAUCCUUCUACCACUUUGAAGUAAGAGAGCUCUGGGACUGGGUAAACACGGAGGAAAUCCAUGUAGUUUGUGGAGAUGGGAUGGAGGCAUGGCAUGGGGCUUCCCACGAGCACUCCUGGCCUUGCGCCCUGGAAAACCUGUGGUUCUUCGAUCCAGACGAUGGUCGGAUGAUGAGAAGCUUCGAGAUGGAACAGAUGCUUGACGAAGCGCUGGAGGAGAUGAAUAGACAAAAUGACGAGGCUGCUGAAGAAGCCUAAGAUGAGGGCGGAUAUGACUACCUUAGUAGUGCUCGUCUCAGUCAACUAAGAGUUAUCUCAUCGAGGGAAAUCAAUCAUUGCAUUAUCUACAAUUCUAUCGCCGU